UAGACAUAUAAGAUAGACCCAGCAUCUAUAGUAUAUGCUGGGUUUGGCAGAACGGUGCGAGAGGCAAAAUAUCGGGGCAACCUGUCCUUCUCUGCGCGCGCAUCUUGACAAUCUUGACAAAAUCAAAAUGGCUGACUACGUUAGGAUCGUGAUCGUCUGCAUUCUUUGCCCAUUUUUAUAAUUGUGUUAAUUUGCGUCACUAGUAUGAAUAAUUGUGUUUAUUCGCGUUUCUUGAAAAAUUGAACAUGAAGACGUGCAGCGCAUGUGGGUAUCAAAAGAAACCUGGUGGACAGGAAAAAAUAUCCUUUCACACGUUUCCAAAAAAGGAAAAUAUCCGUCAAGCAUGGAUCGAGGUGAUGGGAUUAGAAAAUGUUGACCCUACUAGAAAUAGUGUUUUAUGUAGUCAGCAUUUUUCAGAAGAAUGUUUUUAUUAUAGUAUGGGAGGAAUGAAACAAAGAACAUAUUUGAA